AUGGCUCAUGGCCCAAUGGGAAAGAAGGAUAUGUUCCCUCGGUUCUUCAUCAACUUCAUUGGUACACUGAAUCACUGGAAACUGAAAUUACGAGCAGGGGAAAACCUUAGUGAAGGCGAGAUCGAGCACAUGGGCCAUUGUAUUGAAUAUUUGCGACAGGCCGUCAUGUGUUUCGGCGAUACCGCACUAGAGAAACCGGUCGAUCAUUCAAAUUAUGUCCAUGCAGAUUUUGAGGAAACAGAGCACCUGUGUCGGGAUUGGCACACUCUAUCGCAGUACUUUUGGGCGUCAUCCAUUGACUUUAUCUGGGGAAUGGAUGCGCCAAUGACUGUUUUUGAGAAUAGCGAUGCAUGGAAAGGUAAUCCAGCAGGAUCCAUUCUAUAG